GCAAAGUCUGGUUGGAAAUCCCCGCUGGAAAGUCCCGGCGUGGUUUCCCUUUUCAUCUCGUUCAGUUUCUGUCUUCUGACUUUCGCCAAGGGAGGGGAGAUAGAGAGAGAAAAAAAGUGUCUGCAAACCGAACUCAUUGUAAUGCGAGUGUAGCCCAGAGCCUGCAGUAGCUUUGCAGUUUAAGACGAGAGAAGAAGGGGGUUCCGCACACUAAGGCCAGAGCGAGACUGGUUUGAAAACCCAUAUAACAGGGGCUGCUGUGGAAGAUGGCAGCUGAAGGCAGUUUGUUGCCUCAGUUUCUCUUCGCCAGUAACUUGACUAAGACGGUGAGGCUCAGGGAGAGGAUCGCCAAUGACUUAGUCAGACCGGACUGCACCAAUGGUUUGAUACACCAUUUCAGGAGCCUUCACAGAUACACGGUGGAGCUGUUCCGAUUGAGUCAUUUCAACCUUCGUUUCAGGACUAAAAUCCAAGACGCUCUGUUUGACAAGGCCCAAGAGGCUGCCCUUCAGCAAAACAGGAACCUUAACUGGUGCAGAGAGGUCAAGAAACUUGUGCCUCUGAAGACAAACGGUGAUGGAAACUGUUUGUUGCAUGCCACAUCCCAAUUUAUGUGGGGAGUUCAGGACAUUGACCCUAUCCUUCGGAGAACACUAUGGGAAGCUCUAAAAGAAACAGACACCAGAAAUUUCAAAUUACGGUGGCAGAAUGAAUGUGUCCGAUCACAAGAAUUUGAAGCCACAGGCCUCCAGUAUGACACCAAGAACUGGGAUGAAGAAUGGGAGAAAGUGGUGAAAAUGUCAUUUGUAGGUUCACAUCUAGGCCAGCCUGGGCUACCUUUCGAUUCACUAGAGGAAAUCCACAUCUUUGUUCUUGCCAAUAUCCUUAAAAGACCAAUAAUUGUUAUUGCUGACAGGGUGCUGAGAAGCUUUGGUACCAACUCGAGCUUGGCUCCCUUGCAUUUCGGAGGAAUUUACCUGCCGCUGCAUUGGCCACCACAAGAAUGCUAUAAAUAUCCCAUAGUAUUGGGCUAUGACGUGCAACAUUUUUCUCCACUUGUUACCAUCAAUGACAGGAGCCCAGAAAUUCGUGCUGUUCCAUUGGUUCACAAUGAAAGAAGACGAUUUGAAGAGUUCACAGUGCACUUUCUAAUACCGAAAGAGGAGGAAAAUAAAGCCAAACUGCUAGAGGAGUACUUCAAUCUUAUUGAAAUACCCGUCCAGGGUCUGGAGUUUGGUACCACUCAUUUAAUUAAAGCUGCGAGGUUGGAUGAAGGCAACCUUCCAGAAGACUUGAAUUUAGUGGAAGAUUACUACCAGCUGGUGAAUCAUGAAUACAAGAGAUGGCAGCAGAAUCCAGCUGAGAGCAAUAGGCCUGCUCGUAACCAGAUCCGAAUGAAUAAUGCUGCCUAUCUUGGGUCUCUCAUUGAAGAAAAAUGUGCCACGUACGGAUGCCUUUUCUACUGUUCUGUAGAGACAAAACCGUAUUGCCAUGAGUGUUUUGAGCAGGCAAAGAGCACGAAGAUGGACAGCAACAUGAAAAAUCGUGAGCAGCAGCAGAAAAAGAAAGGGUGCUGCCCUCCUCGGACUGAGCUGGUUAUCACUGCGACCACACCUACAGAACCAGAACGAUCAUCUCGACCACGUUCGGCACCGCCAACAGCUCCUAGUCUUUCUCUCUUCAGUGAAACAAAUGCCAUGAAAUGCAAGGUUCCCAAUUGCCCUUUCACAUUAAAUGUGCAGCACAAUGGACUAUGCGAGCGGUGCUUUAAGACCAGGAGAGCUGUGCCAGGCAACACGAUGGAUAAUAGAACUGCUGAGGUGAGAAUGCCUUGUCACAGAGAGUCCAGCUCAGAGAGAGUGGGUUCAACCUGGGACAAUACCAGGACUAAACAAGGUGCUGGUAACCUGUUGCAUCAGGAGCACAGUCAGUGUGACAGAUGUCACCAGGACACUCUGCAAACAAUUAACGGAUUGUGUAAUAUGUGCUUGUUGAGGACAUUUCAAGGAAAUACUUCAUCUUCCCAUGAGGACUCUAGCUCUUUCCGUUCGGGCCAUGAGAGGUCACAUUCAGACCCAAGCCAGAUUAUAAGGAAUAUGGGUCACCUCUCAAUGCCUGAUCAAUAUCAGGCCUCUCAUGUAUGGACUUCCACUGCUGGGCCACAUGUUCCUCAAAACACCCAGAAGGGCCGAGCCACCUACAUCCCUGAGGAACUGAAAGAAGGUUUCCAACCAUGUAAGAAUUCUGGGUGCCACUAUUUUGGAACAAAAGAGCAUGAGGGUUAUUGCACCAUCUGCUUUAUUGAAUAUAGAAGAAACCUGGAUGAAACCGUUAAUCAGAACAGAAUACAAAGGAACAUGCAACCUUCUCACCGGCCACCUCCAGCUGAUCACCGAUUCCAGAACAUGGCUAGUUGUCGGGGUCAAGACUGCAACACAUUUGGAAAUAGUCAUUUUGAAGGAUAUUGCCAAAAAUGCUUCAUAGAUACACAGUAUCAGAGAUACAAUGAAGCAACAGGAUCUAGAGGCCAUUCCAGCUCUAAUGCGUCACAACAUCGACCUUCCGACCACAGUGAGUUGAGGAGCCAGAGGACUAAAUGUGCAAGAAAUUAUUGUAACAACUAUGUAACAUCCAGUGACAGUGAACUUUGUUUAGAAUGUCGGCGUAACAAUCGUGGCACCAUCCGGGAUCCUCUCCUAAGUCACCCACCAAAGCAGCGUUGCCACGCUACUGGCUGUGACCAUUUUGGCAAUAAUAAAUGCAACGGGUAUUGCAAUGAAUGCUAUGCUUUCAUUACCACUUAUGGAAGAAAAUAGAUUUCAGUCCAAAUAGUAAAAGCGGAGGAUUUUCUGCACAAGGAUAAAUUGUUUUUGGUACCACUCUGAAAGCGUGAGCAUUCAGUCUCAGAUGGAUAUUCCAGUGCAGAAAAUAAGGCUUUGUAAAUAUUUUCUAUAUGUUUGAUUUGUAAAUUUAUUUAUUACAUUCAUAAUUUGUUUUUAUAUUAACCUUUACUGUUUGGUAAACUGUAAAACAAGCUAUAAUUUCACUAUUUUAUGGUAACUGUAAUACAUGUCUUGAAUAUAACUCUAAUAAUUGUGUUAGGGAAAAAUAACCCUAAAAUAAAUUAUUUUCAAAAUCUGUAUGUAUAAGCAAAUUUAUUUUAUAGCUUCAGCUGGUGUGUCUAUAAUAUAGAUUUUCUUAUACAAGAAUAAAAACUGAUAUUACUACAGAUGAUCCCAAAAGUUUACAACACUUAAACUGCACUAAUCUCUUUUCUCAGUUUAUUUCCAUAGAGUGCCAAUUUGAGUAUGUUUAUGGAAAGACUAAAUCUUGUGGCCUAAUUUUGAAAGUGUCAUGAUGCAUUUGUAUAAGAGGAUUUCCUUAUUUGUAUUGUCUGAAUAUCUUGGCAUAAGUUAGGCAUAAAAUCAGAAAUGUACAGUUCUUGUAAAAUAGGAAAUGCUUCUUUGUAGUUCCUUGUUCAUCAAGCACUAAAGAAUAAUGUGAAGAGUUACAGGAAGAAAAAUAAUAGUGGAGGUUUAACUAGUUCAAAGUUUUGUAUUAGCUAUUUUAUACCCAUACUUCUAUAUUUUUACUUGAUAGUAGUCUGAGUAAUUGGCAUAAAUGUAUUUUAAAACAUGCAGAGUUUAUGAAGAGAAGUUUUAUGGCCUGUUGAGUUAAGUGUGCCACAAUAUCCGUUGUCUCACAUUUUCUGUGCCAAAAUGUAGCCUGACUUUCAGGUCAUAGCUGCAUUAAUAUUUCUAUCAAAUGGGUGAUAGAAAGUACUUUUUUAUUGAAAAAGUAAAUUGCAGUUGUAGCCGUAGCCCUAAAGAGUGCAACACAUUCAGUGAGAUAAGUCUCCAAUUCCUACUUUUUUAUUCUUCACUGUAGAGAACAGGGAAUAGAGGAGAGGGGAAUUGAACCCCUGCUCCAUUAGUGUAUUUGCUGAUACUUCAAUUUUAUCUCUGCUGCUAGUCUUAACCCACUUUAAACAAGCAUUUGUUUUCCAAGCUAAACUAUGAUGCAAAUAGCUUCUUUCUUCUUCCAACUCUCAAUCCCGUUCUUAUUGCAAGGUAGUUCACAGCACAAUGAUUCCCCCAUAAUUCAGCACUAAAUUGACUAUUUUGCUAAGAAAUGAGAAAAGAGCGUUGCUAUGCUAAGUGAACCAAAUGAUUCUUGGUUUAAUUGAUCCACUUUUUGAAAGUCAGGCUAAGGGACAUUGCAGAGUGGAGUGUUGUAAUUUUUAAUUAAAAAUUUAACUUGCUCUUCAUUCUUAGGUAUAGAUCAGGGUCAGGCAAUUUAGCAAUUGAGGCAAUUGCGACUACUCCAUCAUUUAAUAUGGUUCUGGAUAAUCCCAUCUCGCCCUCAACUCCACUUUCCUCUCCACUCCGUAACCCUCCAACAAAUUAUCAAUUAAAAGCCCAACUCUCUCUCUUGCUUAAAUUUACUCAAUGGUUCAGCAUCUGCUGCUCUCUGGAGUAGUGAAUUCUUCAUUCACAACUGUUUGAGAUAAAUAAUUUCUCUGCGUUUCUGUUUUAAACCUGCUAUCCCUUAUUCUAAAACUGUGACCUGGAAAUGACUAAUAUUGAUGUAUAUUGAGGCUGAAAGCUGUUUGUCUCCCAAAACAUGUGGCCAACCAGUCAGCAAUGCAGAUUGGUGACUGCAGGAUGCCCACAUUCUGUCUGCAAAAAAGAUUCUGAGCUUCCUGUUGCCUGCCACUUGAACACACCAGUGUUCCCUGGUCAACAUCUCUGUUUUGGGCUUGCUGUAGAAAUCCAGUGAAGCUUAGCUCAAGCUAGAAGAGCAGCAUUUUAUUUUCCACUCUGGGAGCCUGCAAUCUUCAGGACUCCACAUUGAGUUCAAUAAUUUUAAGGCCUGAGCAACUUUUUCCCCCUGUCCUUACCCCAGCCCUCUCACCAGGUAUUAUCAUCAUUUGCACUGUUAACAUAGCCAACCAGUGCAGCCAUUGAUUGUCCCAGGCUGACCGUUACCCAUUCCUUUUUCUGCUGAACUGUUGUUCUCUCUCGGUUACAUCUCUACAUUUUGUUUAUAUAUACCCAUCUUUUUCCUAGCUACAAUCAGUCCUGAAGACAGGACACUGGACCUGAAACAUUAACUCUGCUUUCUCUCCAUUAAUGUUGCCAAACUUUCUGAGAUUUUCCAACAAUUUCUGUCCGUUUUUCUGAUUUUUGUUAGCAUCCACAGCUUUUUUGCAUUGACUCUAUGCUGUAAUUGAUGUGUAUCUAAUGUCAUUAAAAACUGGAAAAAUGUGUUCUGUUCCACAAUAAACACACCACCCUAAAUAUUGACAUUCAUCAAGAUGUAUGUUGUUUGGCAUGAGUAAUAUAGAGAACACCAUCUCAAUAAAAUUAAUGUUAAUCAAAGUUUGCAGUUCAGACUUUUAACUGCCAGAAAGUUCAUGCCUCUUUUAUUUUUGAAAAGGCAGAUAAUUCAGGGAAUUAGUUAUUUCCUACUCAGGAUAGAAAAAACAAGAAAUUGAAAAUACAUGAGAGAAUAUCAUAAGAAUUGAAUGGCUAAACAUAUUAGGAUAUUCAACAGAAACAACUUCACUCAAAGUGCGGUAAGAAUGUGAAAUGGGAAACAGGAUAUAUACCAUAUCUUCCUGCCUGCCUUUAUCAGAGUGCACGUUAUCUUCAACAUAAACUGUCAAAGAAAAUGAGAGACUAUGAAACCAAGUUGUAAUACAGACUGUAUGGACGACAGUGAUUUAAGAAAGCAGAUUAUUGCUACCUCAACAACGUUGUGGGAGGGUCCUGUUGUACAAUAACAUUAGUCUGAAUAUCCAGCAGUUUUAGUUACAAACUAAGAGGAAAAGAUUGGUUUUCAUUUCCCUGUGUAAAUGUUUGAUAUAUUUAAAUACCUGUAGGUUGAGUAAGCCGACUUAAAAUGUGAAUGAUGCAGCAUUCAAUAAAAUCAUGCAACUACCGUUUUAAAGGAGCUGUUAAGGUGAACGUAGACAAAUUUAAUGGAAAGCCACACAAGCAGAUUAAGGAGAAAGAAUAGAUUGUUAUAUCGAUAGGGUUAGUUACAGGCUUAUGCACAGCAUAGACCUGUUGGCCUGACUGAAAUCUUCCUGUGCCUUAAGCUUUAUCUCUAUAAUAUUUCUAAAAUGACAAAUUAAGGAGGAAAAUAUUUUUCUCAAUUGAAACAAUUCAAAACAGCAUUGGUUGAUUUUUGGCAUGUUUAACCUUGAGAUUUAAGGUGCAUUUUAAAAUGCUCAGUCGGGCAGUAAUUG